ACAUAUAUACUCACAUAUAUACUCAUCCAUAAUGUCUAAAGGCAAGGUUUGUUUGGCUUACUCCGGUGGUUUAGAUACCUCCAUCAUCUUGGCCUGGUUGUUGGAAGAAGGCUACGAAGUUAUUGCCUUCAUGGCCGACAUUGGCCAGGAAGAAGACUUUGCCGCCGCUGAGGCAAAGGCCUUGGCCAUUGGUGCCACCAAGUACGUCGUUGUUGACGUCAGAAAGCAGUUUGUCGACGCUGUCUGCUACCCGGCCAUCCAGGCUAACGCCAUCUACGAGAAUGUGUACCUUUUGGGAACCUCGUUGGCCAGACCAGUCAUUGCUGAAGCCCAGAUCAAGGUUGCUGAGGACGAAGGCUGUUUCGCCGUCUCCCACGGUUGCACCGGUAAGGGUAACGACCAGGUCAGAUUCGAAUUGUCGUUCUACGCCUUAAAGCCAGACGUCACCGUAAUCGCUCCAUGGAGAGACCCAGUCUUUUUCAACAGAUUCGCCGGUAGAAAGGAUUUGUUGGAAUACGCCGAACAGAAGAACAUUCCAGUCGCCCAGACCAAGGCCAAGCCGUGGUCCACUGACGAAAACUUGGCCCACAUUUCCUUCGAGGCCGGGAUCUUGGAAGACCCAGAUGUAACCCCACCAAAGGACAUGUGGAAGUUGACCGUCGAUCCAACCGAUGCCCCAGACGUGCCAGAGGACUUUACCGUAUUCUUCGAGAAGGGCUUGCCAUCCAAGUUGGUGUUGGCCAACGGCAAGACUUACACCGAACCGGUUGAGUUGUUUAUUGCUGCCAACGCUUUGGCCAGAAGAAACGGUGUCGGUAGAGUCGACAUUGUCGAAAACAGAUUCAUCGGUAUCAAAUCCCGUGGUUGCUACGAGACCCCAGGUCUUACUCUUUUGAGAUCCACCCACAUUGAUUUGGAAGGUUUGACCUUGGACCGUGAAGUCAGAGCCUUGAGAGACACUUUCGUCACUCCAGCCUACUCCAAGAUCUUGUACAACGGUAUGUACUUUACCCCAGAAGGUGAGUACGUCAGAGCCAUGAUCCAGCCGUCCCAGAACACGGUCAACGGCCAGGUCAGAGCCAGAUGUUACAAGGGUUCAUUGCACGUUUUGGGUAGAUCUUCUGACACUGAGAAGUUGUACGAUGCCACUGAGUCCUCCAUGGAUGAGUUGGAAGGCUUUUCUCCGGAGGACACCUCUGGCUUCAUUGCCGUCCAGGCCAUUAGAAUCAAGAAGUACGGUGAGGCUGUCAGAGAAAAGGGCCAGACCUUGACCUUGUAAAGGCGUUUCAGUGCCGGGGUACUUCCCAGGGACGGAGCAGCCUCUUGAUGAGCCUGCCCCAUGACAUGUAUAUCUUCAAUGUAUCACAUGUGCUCGCUCUUUUAAAUGACUAAUCAAAUCUUUCACGUUUCGCCGGUUGUAGGUUGCCUGUUCUCUUGCCAGCCUCCUGGAUUCUCUGCGCAAGUCGCAGGGUUAGGUUUUCUCUUCUAGGUUUGGCUUUUAAAGUAUUUUGAGAGGACGUGAUUGGUAUUAACCGUCCUUAUUUAAUUGCAUAAUAGAGACUAAGCUGUGGGCCAAGGGUAACAGAACGAUACUGGGUGGUACAGCCAACGGAAGCUUUGGGAGUAUUCGGUCAGUUAAUGCUUGUUAACAUUUUUCACGUGACAGCGCUAAAACCAUUGAUAGAAAUUGUAAUCAUAUCACGUGAUAGGUUUCAUAGGGGCAAUGUUUUGAUUGUUUCAUUAGUAUGCGAAAAAAAAUAAGCCAGAAGGAUGGGC